CCUUCAAAAUGACAGUUUCGAUCCAAAACGAAAAUGAUAUUGAGGUCGGCGAGAGCAUUCCGCCAAUGACGGCCCAUGCUGUGAGCGUCUCCCUACCCACAUGGAAAGCGAACGUGGGCUACGAAGAGGGGGAAGACUGGGUCGUUAAAAGCAUGAAAACAGGAUAUCCUAGGUUUUUCAUACACAAAUCAAUUGAAGCCUUCGCAAAUGCCAUAGUCAGCAAACAUGGUCAGUCAGGUGAAAGGGCGAUGCUCUUCCCUACUCAUGUCAUUGCCGAGCGAUGCCGAAACUUCAUCACCAGCCGAGUGUCCGGUGCGGAGCAGCUUGUACGCAUUGUGGAUCUGGUUCCGAUAUCAGAAAAAGCUCGCUCAGAGGAACUCACCAUCAUUUCUCCGAGAGUAUCAGCGGUACUUUUUCCGCAAGAACAUUUCCCAGUCGCAAAGCAAUUCUGGCAGCAUUCUGGUGACGGUGUCUCAAGUCGUCGAGCGGAGUAUUGCCAUGGCUUGUUUGUUGAGGGUGUUUUGGUUGAAUCAAGCACGAUCAAUAUAUCAUCAAGACCCUGCAAAGGACCCAGGAGGUACCAAAACAAAGCUUCGAUUGAUCUCGGGAAGCCUGUAGACAAAUCGAAUAGCCAUACUGAGCCCCAGGAUCCUACCCAAUUUGUCGAAGAACGCUUCGGUCGCAAUCUUGACAUAUCUAAGACAAGAAACGCGAAGUUGGCAGUGAGAAGGAGGAUAGCUGGAUCACUCACUGCAGAUGUAGGACUGACAGAGGCCAUUUCAGCUCAGCCUGAUGUCAACCAUGAUGAAAAGCACGGUGGUAGAUCUGAAGAUGAUGUCUACCUGUAUCCCUGUGGUAUGAGCUCCAUUUUCAACGCGCACAGGAAUCUCAUGGCAACCAAGGGCCCCUUGAAAAGUAUCGUGUAUGGUUUUCCCUACAUAGACACGCUAAAGAUCGUUGAGAAAUUCAGCCCUGGAGCCCUGUUCUAUGGGUUCGGUUCGUCCAAGGAAUUGGACGAUUUAGAAACGCGAUUAGAGGGAGGCCAGCGCUUUCUCGCUCUCUUCUGUGAAUUUCCUGGCAACCCACAGCUCCGCUCACCUGAUCUCGAACGGAUUCAUGCGUUGGCCGAUAAAUACGAUUUCUACGUGGUCGUUGAUGAAACCAUUGGAAACUUCCUCAACGUCAACGUGCUUCCAUACGCGGACAUCGUAGUGAGUAGCUUGACCAAAAUCUUUAGCGGUGACAGCAAUGUCAUGGGCGGAAGUCUUGUAUUGAAUCCCAAAGGAAAGUAUUACAAGGAACUCAAGCACACCUGGUCUCAAGACUAUGAAGACCAUCACUGGGCCGAAGACUCAAUUUUUCUUGAACGGAACAGUCGCGAUUUCGUUUCCCGUAUUGAACGUAUCAAUACUAAUGCUGAAGCUAUAUGUAAUGUUCUUCGCGCACAUCCACGUGUGAAAAAUGUGUACUAUCCAAAGUACAGCGAAACGCGGACUCACUACGACAACUGCCGUACGCCGAAGGGCGGGUACGGAGGACUGUUGUCGGUUACUUUUCAUUCACAGGCAGAUUCGAUCACAUUUUUCGAUCAACUGGACUCUUCGAAAGGACCAAGUCUCGGUACCAAUUUCACACUUAGUUCACCCUACGUGAUCCUGGCUCAUUAUGGUGAGUUGGACUGGUGUGCUUCAUGGGGAGUCGAAGCCGAUCUUGUGCGAGUCAGUGUCGGGCUAGAGGAACCGAGCAAACUUGUAUCCACCUUCCAACGUGCUCUCGAUGCUUUGUCGCGUUGA